UUGAUUUGUAAACUUCGCGGAUUUGUUUGGAUUGCAUCCUCGGUCUUUCAUUAGAAUUUAUUGUAGCGUACUACCACUGUUUGGAUUACACAUAUACACUCUUGUAGCCUUCAAAUUAUUACUCCCUUAACUUUCCCGCUUCCAUAUUCCUACAAUCUCUCUUUUUUCUGUGAUCGAUCUCUCUUUUCUUGUGGAUUUUCCAGUUUCUUCUUUGCGUUUUUUCUUUUGUUGCAUUCUUGCCUAGACCGUGUUUCUUUUCUUUUGGUUGUUUCCAAUGGCCUUGGAAUCCCCAACGGCCUCUGCAUCACUUUCUACAUCGGCUGAAUCAUCGGCUCCUCGGUCGAAGUAUGAGGUGUUUUUGAGUUUCAGGGGUGAAGACACUCGGCGGGGUUUUACUUCUUAUUUAUACAAUGAAUUGCAAAACAGAGAAAUCAAGACAUUCAUGGAUAUCGACGGUUUGGAUAGAGGAGAGGAGAUUUCUCAAAGUAUCCUAGAGGCAAUUCAAGAAUCAAGAUUUGCAAUCGUUGUUCUCUCGCGAAAUUAUGCUUCUUCCCGUUGGUGUUUGGAUGAACUCACACAGAUUAUGCAGUGCAUGGAAAAAAAGGAAACAAUUCUGCCAGUUUUCUAUCAUGUGGAUCCCUCUGAUGUCGCACAUCAGAGGGGGAGUACUUUUCGAGAUGCCUUCGCUGCACAUGAAGAGCGGUUUAAAGAUCAAAAAGAGAGGCUGAUGAAAUGGAGAGACGCCUUGAACAAAAUCAGCAGCAUCUCUGGCUGGGUAUGUGGGAUUCGUUACGCACGUUCUGAGCCAGAAGAAAACGUUGUCCAACAAAUCGCGGAAUUUGUCUGCAGCAAACCUAUUGAAAUUGAGUCGACGGAAGAUAUUGAAACUCAUGGAACUUCUCCUCGUUGGAAGUAUGAUGUGUUUAUAAAUUUCAGGGGUGCGGACACUCGUGAGGGUUUUCUGUCCCAUUUACAAGCUGAAUUGCAAAACAAACCAGCAAACCUGACCAUAGUAAAGGAAGACGGACCACAUACAAAAGGGCGGGAUAUGAAAUCGUAUCUCCAAAAGGCCAUAGAAGAGUCGAGGUUUGCCAUCGUUAUUCUUUCACAAAACUUUGCUUAUUCAUCAUGGUGCUUGGAGGAACUAGCAAAGAUUUUUGAAUGCAUGGGAAGCCAAAAUAGAAUUCUGCCAAUCUUUUAUCAUGUGGAUCCCACUGCUGUGCGAUAUCUAAAGGGGAGUUUUGCAGCAGACUUCAGUAGACAUGAAGAAAGAUUUCGGGAUAAUCAUGAGAAGGUCAGGCGGUGGAGAGAUGUUUUAUCAAUGGUGGCCAAUCUCUCUGGAUGGUGUUCGGAUAACUACAAGUAUGAAGGAGAACUUAUCAAAGACGUUGUGAGUGCUGUGUGCAGUAGACUAGUUCAGUCUACAGAGUCGACAGAAGAUUUUGAAGCAACAGGAGAUGUCAUGGACCGAACUUCUCCCCAGCCUGACCCAGCUCCUGUGUUGAAGAAUGAUGUGCUUUCGGGUUUUGGGAUGGAAGACACUCGCAGGGGUUUUGUUGCCCAUUCAGACCAUGAAUUGCAAAACACAGGACUAAGUAAAACAUUCAAGGAUGAAGACCAGCUUGAAAAAGGGGUAGCCCACCCCUCAACAUCCCUUUCCUCAACCGAACCAAGUCCUCAACCAGCUCUUGGGCUGAAGAAUGAUGAGUUUUUGGGUUUCAGGGGAAACGACACUCAAAGGGGUUUUGUCACCCAUUCAGGUCAUGAAAUACAAAACACCAGAGUGACUAAGACAUUCACCGAUGAAGAACAUCUUGAAAAAGACAUAGCUGUCCCCUCUUCGUCUCCGCCUUCAUCAGCUGAACGAGAUCCUCGGCCGAAGUAUGAUGUGUUUUUGAGCUUCAGGGGUGAAGACACUCGUAAGGGUUUUAUAGCCUAUUUAUACCGUGAAUUGCAAAAAACCAGAGUGAUCAAAACUUUCAAGGAUGACGUGCAACUAGAAAAAGGGACGGUUAUUUCUUCAAAUCUCGAAACGGCAAUCGACCAAUCAAGGUUUGCGGUCGUUGUGUUGUCGGAGAAAUAUGCUUCUUCUGCAUGGUGUUUGAAUGAACUUACAAAGAUUUAUCAAUGCAUGAAGGAUAAGGACACAAUUUUCCCAAUUUUUUAUAAGGUGGAACCCACUGAUGUACGCCAUCAAAAGACAGAGACGAGUUUUGGAAAAGCUUUCAUUAAGCAUGAAGCUGGACAAGACAUUGAGAAGAUGAACCAGUGGAGAGCUGCUCUGAAAGGAGUGGCUGGAAUCUCAGGGUGGAAUUUAAACGACUAUCCGACGGAAGAAGAACUAAUUGCCGUCAUUGUGAAACAUUUAUGGGAGAAAGUCCUUGAAGCACCCAACGGAAAUUUUGAAACAUUUGAAGCGACAAGGCAAGCCAUGGAUGAGGUCAUGAAGGUAUUAAAAGAUGAUCAAGUCACUGUCCUUGGGGUGCAUGGAGUGGCUGGCGUUGGAAAGACGACGAUGGUCAAACAUGUUGGUGCACAAUCUAAGAAAGAUGGGCUUUUUGAUCAUGUGAUCAUGGUUGUCGUAUCCAAAAACCCUGACUUGGAAGAAAUUCAAGACACAUUGGCAGAAUCGCUGGGCUUGAAGGAGGGGAUCAUCAGAGGAAAUAGGAUGCUUAUAAUCUUGGAUGACAUUUGGGGGAGUCUUGAACUCUCGCGCAUUGGAAUUCCCAGUCACAAUGAGCUUCAAAGGUGCAAUUCUAAAGUUGUACUCACCACAAGGAAAAGCGACGUCUGCCAUUUUAUGGGGUGCCAUGCUAAUGCUCAGAUCCUUCUCAAUGUUCUAUCAGAGGGAGAUUCUUGGAAGUUAUUCAUGGAGACGUCGGGGAAGUCCUUUCAUGAAUCUACCAUUUCCUAUGAUGAAGCGAGAAAGGUAGCUCGAGAAUGCGGUGGUCUCCCAAAAGCAAUAAAAGCAGCUGCAAGGUCACUUCGAGAUAAAUACUUGGACGAAUGGAAUGAAGCACUUGCAAGGGAAUUUGGAGAUGACUGCUUGGACGAAUGGAAUGAAACAGCUCAUCCUGUCAACUUCAAAGCAAAGAAUGACGCAUUUGAUUCAUUGGCAACUCAUGAUGCCACGUCAUGCUUCUUGCUAUGCUGCCUAUUCCCAGAAAAUUAUGAUAUCCCAAUUGAAAAGUUGCUCAAGUAUGGGAUUGGAAUAGGUUUGUUUCAAUAUGAUACACAUACAAUGCAAGAAGCCAGAGAUAGAGCACAAUCUGUGGUCAACUACCUCAAAGCUUCUAGAUUGCUUUUGGACGGUACAAAGAAGGGAUGCACAAGGAUGACUGAUGACAUUCGAAAUCUGGCCAUGCCCGUUAUGCGGUCCCAAGAAGGUGAUGGGUUUUUAGUAAAAGCUGGUGAACUAGAGAAGUGGCCAGAGGCAGGAUUGUGGCAAGGAAUUACUUCCCGCCUGCGCAAAAUCUGGGAUUGGCCAAUAGAUGCUCAUGAAGGCUACUCAAUAAUCUCACUCAUGAAAAACAAGCUUCAUAAGCUUCCCAAAUCUUUGGCAUGUUCAGAGCUCCAAAUUUUAUUGUUACAAAGUAAUGCUGGUAUACGUGACAUCCCAGAAAACUUUCUUCAAAGUGCUAAUGCGCUAAGGGUCUUUGAUCUUAGCUUCACUAGCAUUUCAUCACUAUCUUCAUCAUUCAGUUUCCUAACCAACCUUCAAGUUUUGAAUUUGGAUUUAUGCCAUGAUUUAAGUAACAUAUCCGUUCUAGGAAAACUUAAGAAACUUGAGAUUCUUAGUAUGAGAGAACUUCCUCUUAAGAAAUUUCCAAAACAAAUAGGAGAUUUGACCAGUCUAAGGAUGCUGGACGUCACUGGUAGAGAUCUUGAAACAAUCCCAUCUAAAGUGAUCUCGAGGUUGUAUAGAUUGGAAGAACUGCACAUGAAAUUUCAGUUUGGGAAGUGGGGAAGUAAAAUUGAGGAUGCAGUUGAAGAAACCAAUGCUGACUUUGAUGAGUUGACUGGCUUGUUGGAUUUAAACAUUUUGGGAGUUUACAUAUCUGAUGCUGCAUGCUUGCCUAGAAGUGUUGAGUACAAGCCGAAUUGGGUAGAAUUUGAUAUAUGCAUCAGCAGAGAUGCCCCUUGCGUGUCGCUCCCUCAACAUGAUGGUUUUUCAAGAACCUUGACUCUUGACACAACAAUCAAUAGCUUACCGGAUUGGUUUAUCAGCGUUGUGACAGAGAAAGUGGAGAAGCUAGAGUACACGGAUUGUGAAGACUUGAAUGACAUCGUUGGGCAAUAUGACCAUGGCAGAUUACUUGCACUGAAAUAUCUCUCUGUGAACGGGCACUGUAAGAACUUGAAAGAGAUAAUCAACACAAUGACACGGGUUUCAAAUAAACCAGUAUUUGAGAACUUAGAACAGUUGCAUCUGUACCGCUUAUAUUCCCUCAAGGAGUUAUGUGUUGGUGAGCUACCACCUGGGUCUCUACGCAAGCUAAAGUUCUUGAAAGUGCAAACUUGUUGUAGCUUGGUGAAUGCACUUUUACCGUCAACAUUGUUGCAGAGACUACAAAAUCUGGAAGAAAUCAUUUGUGUAAAUCUAGUAGGAAUGAAAUAUGUGUUUGGAUCUGAUGAAGAGCUUGAUCCAGAAAAUAUUUUCUUGAGGAAAUUGAGGGAAAUGAGAUUGUCUACUCUAGACAAACUAGUAAGCAUAUGUAAUGGUCCUGCUCCACAUGCAAUCUUCCAUAAUCUUAAAGUUUUGGCAAUUUGCAAUUGCAAUGAAUUGAAAAAUCUCUUCACAAUAGGUGUAGCUGAAUGUCUUUCUCUGUUGGAAGACCUUUCCGUACUGCAGUGUCAUAGCUUGGACAGAGUCAUUGAAGUAAGCAAUGGCUUGAACAGCAAGAUUAAACUUCCAGCGUUGAAGAAAUUAGCUUUGAAAGAUCUUCCGGUGCUCACAAGGUUCUGCACUGAAAGUGUUACAAUUGAAACUGAGUGCCCUUCAUUGGAAUACUUGUACGUGAAGAACUGCCUCCAUUUUGUUGACCACUUCGACAACAAGAACCAAGUCCACUUGAAUGAUGAACAACAUUUGAGUUCUAUAGAGAAAAGGUGGGUGAAGUGCAUAAUCGGCUAUAAGAGACCUGCUGCUGCACUAGGAAAAAAAGAAAAAAAAAAGAGAUGUUCAAUGGUCCCAGAACAAGAUUCCUCAUCAGUUAGCUUUUGAGCGUGCAGUGUAAGCUGUAUGAAUGGUAUUAUUAUCUCUCUCUUGCAUUGGCCUGCAAUCUUGAUGUUGGAGAUUGCAUGCAUAAACUUUUAAUUAGUAAAAAGGUUAUUCAAAAAGGGAAUUGGGGUUUGACAUAAUCACGCACAGCCAGGCACGGAACCAGGAGUGGGCUAAGGUGUGCUAUAACCCAC